AUGGAGAACCCCGAGAUAAAAAAAUCUCACGCUUCCAGACCUCAAGAAUGGAAGUCACUUCAAGAUGUCGUCGCUUCCGUAAAUUGUGAAUCCCGCGACAAACUGGUCUCCUUUAUUCACGGAAAAGCUUCGUUAGAUACGACUGAGGGCGAUCGUAGAAAGCCUUUUAUGUUAAACUUUCUAGUUCCACAAAGACAACAAUUUCUUAAACUUAAGUCACUUGUCAAUUGGUCUGAGAAUGCGGAUGUUAUUCCAGUUCAAAAUCAACAACUGAAGAUUAAUCAAGUAUUAUAUUCGCUUAUAGAUUUCAAUUAUGGUGUAAUACCGAAAACAAGUAUUCGCUGCCCGGAUAUAACGACCUCAAUUGAUGUACUUACAACAGGUCGAUAUCAAAAGUUUCCCAAAAUAAUUGAGGAAACUCUAGCACCAAAGAUAGUGUCCGAUAAAGAAGUGAAGGAAGCAUUAAAGAAAAUAAAUACAGAUAUUGAAUUACGAAUUUUAACCGAAGAAGUGCUCCCACCUGCCAUGAAAAAUUAUCAUGUGGCAGAUGGGCGCAUAACGUUCAAAGUCAAUAAAGAAUUUGAGGUUGUUUUGACACCAAAUGUCGCGGAAGAAAAUGUUUAUUGGUACAUAUUGGACCUCAAAUUCUUAAUUCAAUCUGAACAUGAUAAACUCUCUAGUGAUAUUGAUUUAUUUUUACAUGAAUAUCAAAUCGAGCAUAUUAAAUAUACUGUGCAACAACUUCUUUAUCGGCCUCAACCUAAUCAAUUACUCGUUCAGCAAUCAGCAAAUAAUCAAAUGCAAGGAAAGGAAUCGAUUUCUACGAAGAUUCCUAAACAUCUGCCUUUAUUGAAAUUGUACGAUUAUUUACAUACAUUAUGUUUAGACACCCAACUUGAAAUUCUAUAUUAUCAGGCCUAUCGUCUACAUAGAACACGUUGGGCAGAUAAUUUGGUUGUUAAUAUGGAUCAAACACAUACAACUCUAAAAGUUUUCUAUUGGAGUUUGAUAAAACAUGAACAAAGGCAACAAUCCCGUCGAGUUCCACCAUCUAAACCUCAGCAACCUAUAAAUGAAGAUGUUCUCGAAAUAACAAUUACCGAGGAUAUACCGAAAAAGUCCUUGAUACAUUCUUCACGGAGUAAAUUAAUGAAUUCAAAUAGAGCAAAUUGGUUAUCUGAUACUUCAAAAAUCAAAUUAGGUGUUCUUAAUGAUGGGAAAGGAUUAAAUUGCCCUCGUAAAUUUUUACAAGCUCGUUGGAGUGGUUUAACAGCCAAUAACUGGAUAGUUUUAGAUUGGGAAUUUGAUCCUACAAAAUUAAAUAUUGAACACGUCUUGUUAUCUAUAACGCAACAACACGCUGAUGCUGUAAUACGUAAUCUCAAAAAGUCACUUUCUGUAGGUUUUUCAGAAAAAGAUGUAGAAAUAAUAGAUGGGGAUCAAGAAUUUCCGGAAGAUUUCUUAAAUGACGAAUCCCCAAUAUCCGAUAAAAUAGCAAAGAAAUAUUUGAAAAUAAUUAAAUUGCGUGUAUGGCUUACAUUGACUAGAUGGGUAGAUAUAAGUGUAGAUAUUCGAAGUGGUAGAAUUGUUAUAGAAGAAAAUCAAAAAUGUAUAGAUGAAGAUAGAAUAAAAAUGUGCGAAGAAAAACUUAGUUAUGCAUCCAACAGUACAACUGCUGCUGAAACCAUUUAUAUGUUAAAACGGAUAGCUAUGAUGGAUCAAAUCGAAAAGUCAGCUUCAUUCUUAAAAUUUGAUAUUCAUCAUGGAGUAAUAUUACGUAAAGAUGAUUACUCUCGACUGGGUACAACCCAAUUAUUAUUCCUUCGAUUCCCCCAAUAUAAAAAUUACUUUAUUAUCUGUGGAAUGAUAGAACAAGGUUUACGUUAUUGGUUGGUUCUCUUAAGCCGAGAGCCCCCAAUUGAUAGACCUAUUUUUGAUAGAUAUGUGAGAGAUCCUACCCAUCGAUUAUUGUCCAUUCAACUAGUUAAUAUCGAAGAUUUACAGCUGUUAAAUCAUAAUGUGUCUCAGAUUAAUCUAGAACAUUUCGAUUUAAAUAAUAAAAUAAAUCGUGAAUUAUCCGAUAAAAAUAAAAUGAAUAGGAAAGAAAGUGAAAACGUCGGACUUAAAGAACGUAGGAGGACUAGUAGUAUUUCAGGAAAACGUAAUUUUAAUGAAGUUGAUAACAAUACAGGAGAAAUGGAUCUACCGCGGAAAAGAAAAGUCACACAUUUAGUUGCAGGUGCUCGUAUAUCCUAUCGUAAGGUCGAAGAACAACUUCGAUCACGCAAAUUAUCGUUUUCUCCCGUUCAACCAAAAAGUUCUAUGGAAUUUCUUGAUUCAAAUACUCCAAUAUCAUUGAAUUCUUCUAUUCCCGUGUGGAAGUUAAAUAAGAAACAAUUAUUAUCUAGACUUCCCAUGGCAAUAGAUAAGACUAUAUACAUUUUCGGUGAACUUUAUCUUCGUUAUGUUGGUACGCGUAUGAUAGACUCAUCAGUAUCUUCAAUCUUAAUUUCUACAUGCCUUAAACUUAACAGUCUACCAACAAUAAGUAAUAUUGUUUCAAUAAAUCAUAUCCAUUAUGAUCCAGCCUCACAGGUGAUUUCAUUUAAUUACAAGGUCGAUGAUUCAAUUAUCGAAAAUUUCUUAAACGAUUGGAAUAAUAUUGUAAUGAUAUGUCAAGCUGCUUCUCAAGUGAACAUUCAAAAAUGGGAAGCAAACCCAAUGGUUAAAUUAGUUCCUUUUGAUUUUGAGAAAAUAAAAAUAUAUUAUUCAAAGGAAAUGUUUUAUGAGGAUCAUAAUUUUGAUGUUUUGAUUUCGACGUUAAUUUAUACUGCACCAUUGUUUUCGAUAAUAGAUGAAUUAGAACUAAACAAUAAAACACUUGUGGGAGGAUAUUUUCUAAAUGUAAUACCUCGAUCCUUCAAAAAUAUUCGAUUAAUUUAUUCACCAAGGAUAACACCAUUUUCAGAAUCGGAAAAAUCCCCAAGAUAUGGAAUAGAUGUUACUAUUCGCGAAGACGAUCAUAUAGAUUUGACCGAUGCUUCAUCUCGUGUAACAAAAUUACAAUCAAUUCCAUUAUGGGAAAAACUUUCUGAUUCAAUAGGGAAUAAUAAUGAUAUAAAAUCAAUUCCCUUGAUGCGUUACGUUUCAUUAACUGUGGGAUAUAUUAUUCCCAUUAAUGAAUGUCAAAAUAUUUUCAAAUGGUUAGACAACCAUAUUCGAAAUAAUGUAUAA